AUGGCAUCGAAUGAUAUGAUAACUUUUCCAGAUGCAUUAGUUUAUUUUUGCAUGGAAUUAAGUAAGGAUUGUCGUGAUAUACCGUUGGAGAAUAUUAAUCGAGCGUUAAGUAAUGAUUUGAAACAGUUAAUUAACGAAGAAUGCGAUCAGAUCGAUAGCUAUUCAAAAUCACUAAAAUCAUUCCUAACGCAAGAUUUCAUCAAUUUAUGGUUAGCAUGUGAUUGUAAUGAUCCAUUGGUUGAAGAUAUUUGGAAUGUGCGGAAUGAGCAACUUGGUGUACUUCCAGAUGAUAUUGUUCCAAUACAAGAUGGUCCAUAUAAACAAGCUUUGAAAGCCUUAUCAAAUGGUGAAUUAUCACUGGUAAUGAAAAGUUUGGAAGAAGCAUCGAUGAAAGGGAAAUAUCGGUUGGAAGCCAUCUUAUUGUUAGCGUUUGCGCACACACGUGACGAUGGAGGAAUUGUUGACAAAUAUUUGGACCGGUUCGAACGGAUAUGGGAACAAAAACCCACCGGGUAUGACACACGCCGCUGUAAGCAAUUGGUUGUACGUUACGUAAGCAUAUCACGUGCGAUACGAUACAAUCCUUUCAGUGGUAAAAAAUUAGAAAAUGAGACAAACGAAGUGGAAGCUAGUCUGUAUUUACAAGAAGCAUUGGUAAUCUUUUGGAGACGAGCAAAUCCGGAUAUUGGUGAAGUUUUCUGGAAAAAAGGAUUCAAGAAUGAUAAUAGACGGAAAUUGCAGCAUAUCCAGAAAUUAUGCGACUUAGCAUUGACAGUAAAACCGGAUUUUCAUUAUGCUAAGUAA